UGGAGAGGGAGGGGUGCUAGUCACACGUUGUGGGGAAGGAACUGGUGAAAAGAACUGAGAGGCUAGACGAGGAACUUGGGAUGACUUUUAACUCCACAGAAGGUUUACUUGACUCCUGCUUUGGAAUUCUUUUCCCUAGAGGAGGCAGAUAAAGCUCAGACCUGUGGACCUCAUCUUCCCAUAGGGCAGGCUUCAGUUAGACUGAGAAGAUCUCUGUGCCAGCUGACAGGUGGGCAGCUGUGACUGGUGAACCGCUUUCACACCGAGGAUCAGGAGUGGAAGGAGACACCUCUAGAUGACAGACGUCUGUAGAAUCCUUAUCCUCAGUUCUUCCACCUGUACCUUCUGCUGUCCAGAAUCUCCAAGCAAGAUAUAAAUUCUGUGCUUUCUUUGUGCCUGUUAAUAUCCACUGCAUCCUUAUCCUCCGCACAGGAUUCAGGCAUCAACAUGAAUUGUAUUCUAUUAGCCUUGCUGAUGGUGACUGGUGUUGUCUCAUACGUUAGUGAAGACAUGGAAGGGUUUAAUCAUCUUCUCUACUUAUUUUACCUGAAUUCCAGUUAUCAGUCCUGUGUGGGGACUUUGAUUGCCCCUCAGUGGGUCUUGACAGCAGCACACUGCUUCUUACCAGAUCUUCAGAUCAUCUUUUAUGGCAGUUCCACAAAUCUUCGAGACUUUACUGGGGAGAUUGUACCUUAUGAGAGGAUCAUUAUUCACCCAAACUUCACUGUUACCUCUCCUAAAGAUGACCUCAUGCUGAUAAAGCUGCCUGUACCUUUUACCUUCUCCACCAAAAUUUUUCAGUUGCCUACUCUCAAGAAUGCAGUUAAAGAUUGCUUGAUUCACACUUGGUUAGACAACAAAGACUUUAUUGGAAAUUCAAACCAUAAGCUGCAAAGAGUCAAGAUUCAACUGAGCUCUAAUAUAAACUGCAAAAAAUUACUGGGUGAAAAACUCCUUGAAGACAUGUUCUGUAUAGGACCCAUGCUAGGAAGCCAAGAGCCGUGCCAGCAAUUAGCAUAUCUUUAUGGACCCUCCCUGCAAAAGAAUUUCUUAAGAGAGGAGGCCUUGAGGAAGGACUAUAAGAAGUCAGCACACAAGAACCUGGAGGCUGGGAGGAGAUCAUGGUCGUGCACAUUACCUGUUUCACAGCUCUCUCUGGGAAGGAAGUUGACUUGACUUUCUCCAAAAAUCUGUGGGACUGCAAAGAAAAUCAGCUAUUGGCCCAGCCCCCAAAGUGGCUGCAGGUUGACUAUAACAAACCAACAUCACCCAGGGGCUGCUGAAGCACCGUGACUAUUACUGUGAGAUCUGGAGCUCUCUGACUCAGGUCAACGAGGAUGUGUAUGUGUUUUUUUGUGAAUGUGUUUACUUAUUCGUAUUCAUAUUUUCUUCCUGCUCUCUUACAUGAUAGGAAUUGUGCCUUCAGCUGGGUGAAAGGAAAGACACCUCUCUACCCAAUUGUUGUCUUUUACUCACAUUUCCUUCCUCACUUAUGUUCCCUACUGGUUUCUGGGGCUGGGGAAGAUUUUCACAGCUACAGCGAAACCCUUUGAUACAAGGCUUCUCCUAAGUGUCUGGAUAAAAGUUUCUAUGGACAUAGAGGGAAAUUUGUCCCCCAGUAAAAUCCCAUUACCUCAUCAUGCAGCUCUCAGCCUCAUCAUUGGGUUGAACUGACACUGAUUUUCAAGUUUGAGGAACAAUAACAAGCACUGAUAAGUAUUUCACCUCAGAUUGCCCAACUAACACUGUAGCGGCAAAAGCUUUGUUUGGUAUUCUGUCAGACACUAGUCAGUUCUAUAUCUCCAAGGCAGUCCAAGGGACCCAGCCCAUUGCGUGUGCUGGGGAGUGAGAAGAGCAUUGUCAG